AAUUGCCACACUUAUUUUUGCUUAAGAGCAGACCAGAACCAGGAAACCAAAACUUUAAACGCCAACAAAUGUUACACAAUACUGGAAAGUAAGUUAGCGAAAGAGAAGAUUAGGUUAGCUGUGGAAGAUAUUUUAGGAUUGCACUCAGAACACAUAGGUUAUAAAGCAUUAUACAUAUAUUAAAAAACACUGGGUUAAAUAAAAUAAUAUAGAGUCGCGAUCCACCUCAGUCCACACUCCAUUUCAGUAGGUGGCGGUAAUUCACACCAGAAGGUUGCUUGACAAUGUAACACAAUUACGUCACUACCGAAAGCAGAAGUGGAGCCACACUGCAAAUGCUAGGAAUCUCAUCUUUCUUCAGACUGCAAUGAUGUGGUGGGUGUGAACCUUCAACCUUUACAUCACUGACAUUGUGCUUGACAAUAAUAGCCUUGCAAGUGCAAUAAGAUCAAGUCAACGUCAAAUUUGAGCCGAAGGGAUGUUUCGGCUGCGGGGUGUGAGUUCCCGAUUCCACAGACUCAUUCACAAUGUCUCUGUGAACCGAGACCAGGUUAUGGAGCAAUUGCAGGCCUGUUCUGCUGAAGACCAUGUGUAUGAUGUUGUGGGUAAGAACAAGGCCAAGCUCACAGCGGACCAUGUAGGCAUGGCUGUGACUACACUGUGGCGCUUCCAGGCAGGAAGACCAACGUUGCUAAGAACAGUUGCGUUAAACAAGAAUCACCCGCAGUUCCUUACGCUGCGGGUUCUGGCAGAGGACAAAUUUGCGCUCUUCGAUGAUGCAAUGUUGGUAGACUUGCUGUACUGUUUCGUCAGGCUGGAAGUUGACAGUCAUGACCCUCUUAUUCAGCAGUUAGUUUCAGAGGCUUGGAAAAGAUUAGACAAACUUCCCAUGACAUCCCUAUCCAAAUUUUCAGUCUGUCUGAAUGAUCAGGGCAUGUUCGACACUCGUCUUUUGGGCCGCAUCGCCAAUAUUGUGCAUCAGAAUUUGUCAUCCAUUGAUAAUGGCAGGAUCCUCUCUACGUUUCUAAAUACUGUGUCGAACUUGGUGUCCCCUCGUUUACGAGAUGCCCUCAUUAGCAAGGUGGACCACCUCCUGGACGAAACGGAUUGGCCCCAAGUCAGCAACGCUCGCAGAGUGAUGCAGUUCCUGCGCACCACCAAGUGCACCGACAGGGCAUUGCUGGAGAAGUGCAACCGGAUUAUCAUAUGCAAAAUUCCCACGAUGGAUGUGGACCACAUCUGUAUGAUCAUGGCGAUGUUUCGGUCACUGCACAGCCUUGACUUCAAGCUGGCUGUGAAACAACGGCUGACAGAAGAGAUUGAUUCAAGCACUGACCCGCCUGCAUUUACUAAACUGUUUAUGUCUCUGGCACCCAUUGCCAGUCCAGAGAUUAGAGACCGAUUGGAGAGCACAGCCUACAUAUUGGCUGAUGAGUUUGAAGCAUGGCAGGUGAUUGAUAUUGCUGAAACACUGCAAGAGAUUCAGAGCAGGAACUUUAUCUUGAUAAAGAAAAUUGCAUCAGUAAUCCAAAGGAACCUUGACGGUUACAGGCCAGUGGAUGUCUGUAGAGUCACAAAGGCAUUUCUUAUGUUGCAUUAUUGUGAUCAAGAACUCUUUACCAAACUAACAAACAUUAUGUUCAGAUUUUUACAGCGCAGCUUCCUCCCCAGAGAAGUGACCAUGUUGACCAGUAUGCUGUCCAUGUUACCUUGUCCGCGACUUCAGGAGGGUGUGAUCUCCCGGCUCAACGCAGUGGUGUCCCAAUGCCAUUUUAAAGACCUCUUAGCCAUUACCUUUGUUGUCGCCAAGUGGAUGCAUAACGACCCGUCAUACCACCACCACAGCACCACUAGCGAGUACGUGCGUCUGCUGCAGACACUUAGCUGCCGCUGUCUCGAGAGCCUGCAGACGGCUGACCGACUGAACUUGCUUCUUGAGGAUCUCAAGUAUGUUUCGGGGGAGUGGUUUGAUGAAAUGAUUCUGGAAGAGACCAUAGCCACGAUGCACAGAAUGAUAGAUCAAAUCAAUUGGAAAAACUUGCCGGAAAUGUCCUACUUCCUAUUAAGGACACAUUGGCUCUGCCCUCCCUUGAUGGACCGUAUUGCCAGUGUGGCCAUUAAAGACAUUGAUAAGAUUCACCCCUCAGCAAUUCCUAACAUCCUGCGUCCCUUUUCGAUGUUAAAUUAUGAUCACGAAGGAGCAGACGGGUUGUUCGACACUUGUAUAAAGCGCAUCAUUCCUCAUAUCAGCUCCCUUGACCCUGAAGUACUGGUUAUGCUGGCAUCCACCUUGGCGGUUGCAAAUUAUUUUCCUGAGGAACUUGUCAAACACAUCUUUAAAAUAGAUUUCCUUGGAAAGCUGGACACCAAUCUGGAAAUUUUAACUGAUACCCGCAGCACGCUGAUCCGACAACGUCUCAUGCAGCUUAAUCGUGCCGUGUGUCUUCAGUGUCCUGAAUUUCAGGUCCCAUGGAUUCAUGAUCGCUACUGCAGGGCUACGCAAGGCCAAGGGAAGGCUUCUCGCAGUUCUGUCAAGCAGCAAAUCCAUACAAUGUUGGCUGAAGUGCUUGGUGGCAUUGACUAUGUUAGGACAGCAGUGGUCACGCACUAUUUUUACACUCUUAAUUUUGAAUUCAUUUUGGACAAGCACCUGAAGCCGUUGCCCUACAGCAAGCCAGGUUUUCUGCAGACGUCAGAUGAAGGCAAGAUUCACUGGAGUCGAAACUCAUUGGAGAACAUCCGGAAGGAGCUUCCACCAGGGGCACAGCGUGUUUGUAUAGACUUCCUCGCCUCCGGUCGUUUCUGCAAAAAUUCCCAACAUAUGAAAGCCGAACCGCUGAUAAGGAAGCGGCACUUUGAAAUUCUGGGAUAUCGUGUUGUUCAGAUCCCCCACUUCGAAUGGAACUCUAUGGAGCUUUCUACACCAGACGCUCGGAAGGAAUACCUAAAGAAGAAAAUCUUUCUUAGCGCUAGCCCCUGAAGGCCUCAAUGAUUGCUCUGACAAAUUAAUGAACAUUAUUUUUGAUUUCCCUGCAGUUUUUGUACAGAAAUGAAUGUAUUAAUACAUUUCUGUUUGUAUUAAGCCUUCAAAACCCAAGACUCUGUUUUAGACCAGUUUUUAAACCGUACGUACAAACCCUGUUUCCAUAUGAGUUGGGAAAUUGUGUUAGAUGUAAAUAUAAACGGAAUACAAUGACUUGAAAAUCCUUUUCAAUCCAUAUUCAAUUGAAUGCACUACAAAGACAAGAUAUUUGAUGUUCAAACUCAUAAACUUUAUUUAUUUUUUUGCAAAUAAUAAUUAACUUAGAAUUUCAUGGCUGCAACACAUGCCAAAGUAGUUGGGAAAGGGCAUGUUCACCACUGUUACAUGGCCUUUCCUUUUAACAACACUCAGUAAACGUUUGGGAACUGAGGAGACACAUUUUUUAAGCUUCUCAGGUGGAAUUCUUUCCCAUUCUUGCUUGAUGUACAGCUUAAGUUGUUCAACAGUCCGGGGGUCUCCGUUGUGGUAUUUUAGGCUUCAUAAUGCGCCACACAUUUUCAAUGGGAGACAGGUCUGGACUACAGGCAGGCCAGUCUAGUACCCGCACUCUUUUACUAUGAAGCCACGUUGAUUCAACACGUGGCUUGGCAUUGUUUUGCUGAAAUAAGCAGGGGCGUCCAUGGUAACGUUGCUGGGAUGGCAACAUAUGUUGCUCCAAAACCUGUAUGUACCUUUCAGCAUUAAUGGCGCCUUCACAGAUGUGUAAGUUACCCAUGUCUUGGGCACUAAUACACCCCCAUACCAUCACAGAUGCUGGCUUUUCAACGUUGCGCCUAUAACAAUCCGGAUGGUUCUUUUCCUCUUUGGUCCGGAGGACACGGCGUCCACAGUUUCCAAAAACAAUUUGAAAUGUGGACUCGUCAGACCACAGAACACUUUACCACUUUGUAUCAGUCCAUCUUAGAUGAGCUCAGGCCCAGCGAAACCAGCAAAGUUGACGGCGUUUCUGGGUGUUGUUGAUAAACGGUUUUCGCCUUACAUAGGAGAUUUUUUACUUGCACUUACAGAUGUAGCGACCAACUGUAGUUACUGACAGUGGGUUUCUGAAGUGUUCCUGAGCCCAUGUGGUGAUAUCCUUUACACACUGAUGUCACUUGUUGAUGCAGUACAGCCUGAGGGAUCGAAUGUUACGUGCAGUGAUUUCUCCAGAUUCUCUGAACCCUUUGAUGAUAUUACGGACCGUAGAUGGUGAAAUCCCUAAAUUCCUUUCAAUAGCUGGUUGAGAAAGGUCUUUCUUAAACUGUUCAACAAUUUGCUCACGCAUUUGUUGACAAAGUGGUGACCCUCGCCCCAUCCUUGUUUGUGAAUGACUGAGCAUUUCAUGGAAUCUACUUUUAUACCCAAUCAUGGCACCCACCUGUUCCUAAUUAGCCUGCACAUAUGUGGGAUGUUCCAAAUAAGUGUUUGAUGAGCAUUCCUCAACUUUAUCAGUUUUCAUUGCCACCUUUCCCAACUUCUUUGUCACGUGUUGCUGGCAUCAAAUUCUAAAGUUAAUGAUUAUUUGCAACAAAAAAAAAAUGUUUAUCAGUUUGAACAUCAAAUAUGUUGUCUUUGUAGCAUAUUCAACUGAAUAUGGGUUGAAAAUUAUUUGCAAAUCAUUGUAUUCCGUUUAUAUUUACAUCUAACACAAUUUCCCAACUCAUAUGGAAACGGGGUUUGUACUUGGCAUCCAUUGCAGCCGGUCACCCAGGAUGUGGGUUCAGACCAUUAAAGUCACUGGGAUGUGUGCAGCCCUUGGAGGCACCCAUGAUUAAGGGCUAUAUAAAUAAUCUUUGAUAAUAAAUAGUCUUAAUUUGC